AUAUCUAUAUGUAUAUAUAUAAUACACACACAGAGACAAACAAACACACACUAUAGAAUGAUCUGCAGUAUAUAAUCUUGCUCCUCCUCCACAAACUAAGCCUCAUUGCUGAUCCGAUCCCAAAUUAAGAAAACCUAAUUAAUUUCGAUCGAUCAGCGCCGGCGAUGAUGAGGAAACCUGCAGGCGGCGGUGAGUCCUCCUCCAUUAAUAAUAAUAAUAUUAUUAUUCCAGUAUCAACAGGCGGCGGCGGCGGCGGCGGCGGAAGUACCAGUAAAGCGGCGGCGGUGAAGCUGAGGAAGGGUUUGUGGUCGCCGGAGGAAGACGAGAAGCUUAUCAAGUACAUGGCGAGCAACGCCGGCGGGCAGGGGUGCUGCUGGUCCGACGUGGCACGCAACGCCGGGCUCCUCCGGUGCGGCAAGAGCUGCCGCCUCCGGUGGAUCAAUUACCUCCGGCCAGAUCUGAAGCGCGGCGCCUUCUCCCCUCACGAAGAACACCUCAUCCUCCACCUCCACUCUCUUCUCGGAAACAGGUGGUCUCAAAUCGCAACACGCUUGCCGGGAAGAACAGACAACGAGAUCAAGAAUUUCUGGAAUUCAACGAUCAAGAAAAGGCUCAAGAGUUCUUCUUCCUCCACAGUAUCCCCAAACACGAGCGAUUCCUCGUUGGAUCAUAAUGUAUCAUAUGAUCAUCAAAAUCAAGGGCUCCGAAUGAAUGACAUGCAAGAUCCCAAAACCAGCAACAUAAUCAUGGGCAUGUUUGUGGACUCAUCGUCGUCGUCAUCUUCCUCUAAUUCGACUAAUCUAUCGGUGUCCUCGUCAUCAAUGCCGUCAUUAUCAAUCAUCCAUCAUCCCAUGACUCCCCAAAUGACCACCUUAAACAUUAUGAAUCAUCAAAACCAUCCCUUUUCUACGAGUCUCAACCGAAACCCUAGCCAUCUUACCACCCCGAGUUUGUUCGAACCUAGUUUGAUUAAAGAUGAUACAAACCAUCUCCAUGCCGAAAACUACAACUAUGAGGGAAUAUCCGGUGACGGAAAUAUUUCUACCUCUUUUCCCUUUGAUGACAUGAUCGCACCUCUAGGUAAUGAAAACCCUAAACUCAUUGACAUUAGUUACCAUAGAAACAACAACAACCUAGAUAACUACCAUUGUAGGAAUAACAUGAAAGUCGAAAACCAAGAAUUAGGGUUUUGGGGUGAUUACAAUUGGGAUGGAGAAGAUGAAGUAAAGGUAGAAGAAUGGAGUUUGGAGGAAUUAAUGAAAGAUGUUCCUUCUUUCCCUUUUCUUGACUUCCAAGUUGAAUAACCCUUUCAUCGACCAUUUUUAUGUGUAUGUAUACUUUUCUUUAUCAUCUUUGUUGUAAACCCAUGAUUUUUUAUUUUUUCUUGAAUUCAACUUGACUCUUUAAUUUUCUUUUCUUGGAAAAAAAAAAAGAAAAAAGAUGUAAUCUUUGUAGGAGAAAACAAAAACCCUCUUUCCCCUUGUGUAACAUUUAGUGGGAUUUUGUUAAU